UUCAAUUUCCCCAAGUCAAAAGUCCAACUCAACUCUGAUCCAUCAGCAUUCAGCAUUCAGCAUGACUUCCGCCGCGAGCGACUUUGUCUCGACCGCCUCGUCGUCGGCAGCCACUGCGCAGAACAUCCUGUUUGACGUUCGACCUGGCGAGGUUUCCUUCUCCUUCGGGGCGCCGGACGAGUCGCUGCUGCGGCAGAUCGUUCCAGUCCUGAAGCAGGCGACCAUUGAGCGACUCGAGGCGGAUCCGGACGCGUAUACGCUGCUGCAGUACGGCCCAAUUGCUGGCGAUGCGGUGUUUAUCAACCAGCUCGCUGCUUUCUUGCGCUUGCAUUACAACGACCCGCACGUCGAUGCGACACACCUUAUGGCAACAGCUGGAGCGUCGCAGGGCUUGUCGUUUGCUUGCACGCAUUUGAUGAAGCCGGGUGACCCCGUCCUGAUUGAGGAUCCGACGUACUUUCUCGCAGAGCAAUUGAUUCUUGAGCACCACCUCAAGACGGUGGGUGUUCGGACUGAUGACGAUGGCAUUAACGUCGAGGAUUUAGAGAAGCAGCUGAAAGCAAUCCCGAUAAAAAAUCCCUCCGAAGGCUACUCUGCAAUGCUGUACCUGGUGCCAACAUUCUCGAAUCCGCGCGGAACCACCAUCUCUCACGAGAAACGACAGCGAAUUGUGGCCCUCGCGCAUCAGUACAAUGUCAUUGUGGUUUGCGACGACGUGUAUGAGCUGCUUUGCUACAAGGGAGCUCAGCCACCCGUUCCUCGCCUGUUUUCAUACGAUGCUGCAAUUUUGCGCGACACGCCAGCGGCGUCCAAACGGGGCCAUGUUAUUUCCAAUGCCAGCUUUUCCAAGAUUUUCGGACCUGGCGUGCGACUGGGUUGGAUUGAAGCAUGGGUCGAUAUCCAAGAAAAGCUGACAAACACCGGUUUUAUGGCAAGCGGUGGAGGCGUGCAGCAUUGCAUGAGUGGGCUGAUGGGCACGGCCAUCCAGAACGGCAGCCUCGAUCGCGUGAUUGCGGCGCUGCAAGCAGCGUACGGCGCUCGGAUGGCGGCAGUUUGUGCCAAGCUGCGGCAGGCCAUUCCAGCCGGCGUUGUCAACCUGAUCGAGCCGCAAGGAGGCUUGUUCAUGUGGGUCGAGUUUCGCGACACCGCCGUCGACACGGAAGCCCUCUUGGCGCGUGCGCGGCGCGAGUUUGCUGUUGGCUUCCAACCAGGCAAUCGGUUUUCGCAAAGCAAGACGUUCGGCCACUGCAUGCGCCUUGGCAUUGCCUUCCACCCGGAAGCCGAGCUGCUUUCCGGCGUGGAUCGCCUUGCGCGGCUGAUUCACGCUUCCAUUGCCGAUGGCAGCAUCCGCGUCGUGCCGUAGCGUAGUUUUGUUGUUGGUGUAGUUUUUCGAUUAAAAUUUGUCCAAGAUUUACAUUC